AUGAUAUUUACGACAAGUAGAAGUGGUGGUGGGAGUGGUGGGAGUGGUAGGAGUGGUAGGAGUGGUAGGAGUGGUAGGAGUGGUGGGAGUGGUGGAAGUAGUGAGAGUAGUGAGAGUAGUGGAAGUGUUGGAAGUAGUGGAAGUGGUGGAAGUAGUGAGAGUAGUGAGAGUAGUAGGAGAGAUCUUGAUGAGAUUAUCGAAUCCAUGAUCUUGAUGUCAGUUAGCAAUCAAUGGGAGAACUUAGUACUGGUAAAACAAGGACAAUAA